UCUGAGUCUGGAAAACCACACAUUUUGUUGUUUGCAUUUCAGUCACAUUUGCUGCUCAGAGUCCUGUUCCUCCCAUGUUGUCACAUUUGGCCCUGUGGCUCAGCGACUGUUGGGGAUUUGGCCAACCAUGCUGUAUUUCUGGGGAAGAUUUUGCUUCGUGUCAGGCUACAAACCACAUAAUUUACUUUAAAUGCCUUGGAAAAACAAAUUUACCUUGCAAAAUUUCGCUUAUUCUGUUGUGAAGGCCAGUGGAAUAUUACAUCAUUAGCUAAAUGAGAGCAUUGUUUUCUGAGGGAAACACAAAUUUGCAAUACUCUAGGGUUUAUUUAGUUCAAUACCGAAAAGAGUAAUAAGCAAAUGACACAACAGUGUAAUGAAAUAGAAACCAGAAAAAUAAUAUUCACUGGCAGACAGAAAAGCCAAAGAAAUGCAAAUUUUAAAAAGAACAAUUUUAUGAGCCACGUUAAGUGCCCCAGAGGCAAGAAACGAGUCUCCUCCUGCCCCUGUCUCUCUCCCCAGUGUCUGCUGCAUCGUCCCACACUUUACUGGCUACUGAACCUCCUGGUGUCACAAAGAGACCGGGGUCAUAGCACCCAGGAAGUCCCUGUAGGAUCGCUGUUGUGGAGACCAGAUGGAGACCAAGGCUCUGCGGAAGCUCUGGACUGUAUACUUCACCUGUGGGAUGGACUGUCUUUCAGCCAAAGUAUAGCCGCAAAAAUAGUGAUGUCAACAGACAAAUAGCAAUUAUGGACUCAUCUAUAGUGCCAAGGAAAAUGGUCAAAUAAAGAGAAAUAGAACUAACGGAUUAACCAGAGCAUCAUCUUUACAACUUUGCACUCAGGGGGAUUAAGUUCGAAAUGGGGUUUCAAUUGGCCAAAUUGAACCUGUUUGUAGUCUGGACAACUUUAAACUUUGUCAUCAGUCCCUGUGUACAGAAUUAGCUCAGUUUUGUUACCUCUGAUUUAAUCAGGACCGCUAAGGCAAAUCUCCCUACUCUAGACUUCGUGUGUCUACUGUUUUAAUUCUUGUUUAAUUUUGAUUUUGUUUUUACAGAAUGGGGGUAAAACUACAGAUCUCCUAUCUACCUCAGAGUGAUGCUGUAAAGACUAAGGAUUAUGUCAAUGAAAAGCCUCUAUUUUUUAAAAUUUAAAAGAAAUUGGAAUAUAAUUGCUUAAAAUGUUGUGUUAGUUUCUGCUGUACCACAACAUGAAUCCGCUGUAUGUAUGCAUAUGUCUCAUCUCUCUUGAGCUGCCCUCCCGCCCCUCUAGGUCAUCACAGAGCACUGAGCUGAGCUCCCUGUGUUAUAUAGCAGCUGCCCUUUAGAAAAAGCCUUUAAAUAUGUCGUAUAAGCUCAAGGUAAUGUGAUCUAAGGGUUUUUUUAAGCUCACUUUCAUAUUCACCUUGCAGGAAGAUUCUCCCUGCAAGGGAGUGGGAAACUAUGGGGCAUGAGAACAAACCAAAGCCAUCUGCGCAGACUUGAUGAUGGAUUGUGGGUCCAGGAGACUGUUCUUUAAGUUCAGCAAUUUAAAAUUGAUCAGAAAUGACUGAACAAUCAGGAAAAACCAAUUCCACGCAAGAGAGACCUGCAGGUCAAACUUCUGAGAAAAACUGUCAGAUCGGACAGAAGCAACUGCAACAGAUAGAGCGGCAGUUAAAAUGCUUGGCAUUUCAAAAUCCUGGACCACAGGUAGCUGACUUUAAUCCUGAAACAAGGCAGCAAAAAAAGAAAGCACGAAUGUCAAAGAUGAACGAGUAUUUUUCUGUAAACUCCAAAGUCAUGAAGAAGUACGACAAAAGCGGCAGGCUCAUCUGCAACGACGCGGACCUGUGCGACUGCCUGGAGAAGAACUGCCUGGGCUGCUUCUACCCCUGCCCCAAGUGCAACUCCAACAAGUGCGGGCCCGAGUGCCGCUGCAACCGCCGCUGGGUCUACGACGCCAUCGUCACCGAGACCGGGGAGGUCAUCAGUGCGCAGCCGUUUGACAUCCCCGACUAGGACGCAGCCCUGCAGGCGGAUCGGUUUUCUCUUCUUUGCGUUUAAGCCAGUUUCUUUUUCCUGGAUGCAUUUUAGGGCUGGGGGAAACAGUGUUUAAAAACGUAACUUAAGACGCAUGUUCUCUGAAGCCACAGAGCCGUGUGGAACGGGCCCCUCCUCUCCAACCUUCCUGCUCUGAUGUCUCAGAUUCCUCCCCUGGUAACCCAGGAGCGAGGCCUGGGGUGGUUAUCAGUACCAGCACCUCCAUCACUACUCUUACUUUCAGACUAAAAGUCCCUUUCCCCUUUGCUGGGACCUUGGAAGAUGGAGUGUGAGGAUUUUCAGAAUUCUGUAGCUGAGAGCUUGUCUUGACAUAGAACGUAGAGUCAUACAUUUAUAAUAGUUACGCUUAGUUAGUUACACAUUGCCAGUUCUAGAUCAGAACUGCUCUUUGGAUUGACAUGGCACUGCAUACCCGUAGUCUCAUUUUUUGUUGUUACUGUUUUAACAAUAAAAUCUGUUAAUACUUGGCA